AUGGUGUUCCUAAAUUCAAAGGAUAUCGAUAUGCCAAAACAACAAACAAUAAUGUCUGAGUUCCUGUCAGCAACAUCACAACCUGCAUCUUUAAAUGACAUACCUUCAAUACCACAACCUCAGCCACCGCCUAUGGAUACAGAACCCGUCAGUUUAGCUUUUUUAAUAAGUCUUUCUGUGACAUUUGCGAUAUUGAUGAUUCUCCUCAUGUUGAUGGCUGCAUACGUAACAUUCUGUGGUUCUGAUGAAGCUGAAUAUGAUGAGGAAUCGUUGAGAGGAGGAUUGCAUCGACCUCGCAGGUUUGAUAUCCUGUUCAAUAAGAGGCAUAAUGGGAUUUUAUUGGAUUCAAAUUUUACAUCACCUGGGGAAUUUGAUGAUGCUUUUGAAAAUCAAGAAAGAGUACGAACAGAGUUGAGUAAGAUGUCACAAUAUGAAAUAGAACUUUAUAAACGAUCAAUCGAAUUUCAAAAACAUUCUGAACCGCAUGUGGAUGAAUUUGGUACCUUUAUGAGCGCUAAUGAUCUAAGGUUUAUUAAGGAUCGUGGGAUUCAAAGUUAUUAUAUGUUGCCUAGUAUUAACGAUAAUGUUGAUGAAAUGGGGAACUUCCUACCGAGUUUCAUUAUUCAAGAUAAAUUAGAUAUGAUCUUUACUAAAUACAACAAGAGUUCGUCAUCUGUUAUGAAUUUCCCACUACCAUAUAAUAAGAAGGAAGCUGUUUAUUUUGAAGUUAAAGUGUUUAAACAUGCAAGAAAUUCAAAUAGUAUAUUCAGUAUUGGAUUAAUUACUAUCCCAUAUCCAUAUUUCAGACAACCUGGAAUGGCUAAAUACUCGAUUGCAUAUGAAUCUACGGGGAAGUUGAGAAUAAAUAAUCCGUUCCUAGCAAGUACUCUUUUACCUAAAUUACAAGAAGGUGAUGUAGUUGGAUUUGGAUAUAGAUAUAAAUCAGGUACAAUAUUUAUUACACACAACGGUAAAAAAAUGAUGGAUGUGACUCAAAACGUUGAUAUCGAUUUAUUCGUUAGUAUCGGUGCCAUUAACGCAUCAUACACGAGAUCAUAUACAAAAGAUGGUUUAGUGGAAGAUUCAGAUAAUGUUGAAUUAAGAGAGGCCUUGUCUGAAGGAAGAGAACUUGAGUUACCGCACUCAUUACAGCGAGUACGAGAUCCACAUGAUGAGUCAGAUCAAAUAGAUUCGGAAGAAGUGGAAUUACAUGUCAAUUUGGGACAAGUUGGAUUUGUAUUUAUAGAGGCCAAUGUAAAGAAGUAUGCAUUUGGGAGUGUGUACGGUGAUAUUGGUGUUCCUCCUGCUUAUAAUGGAGAAGAGGCUAAAGCAGACACUAUUUUACAAAAAGGCGCCGCUUUACCACCAAUGUAUCCUACCACUUCUAAUGAUUUCUUUACCCCUGUCCAUCCACGGGAGGAAUCAGGACAUCCUAUAGUGGAGUCUAGUGAAGGUAUGCGAGAAAAUAAUAACAAUAGACUAAGGAUACCUGGUAUUGAAACGUAUGAGAGGAUAUCAUCUCGUUACGAUCAGGAAAAUAAUCUUUAUGAAAAUAGUACCAUCAGUGAACAUGAUGAUAGAGCUAUUCCUGUUGUAACGAGUACUGACCAAUUGGUUGAACGAAGCAUUGACGCUGACAAUCUCCCGAAUGACAUAUCUAGCAAUAGCAACGGCAAUGAAGUACCCACAGGUCACACAGAUCAUAAGAAGAAUAGGAAUAAGAAGCUGAAGAAGAAAAAGAGGAAAGGCUCAAGGAGAUGA